AUGUCUCCUGCUGCCCCACCGCCUCAAGAAUUCAAUAAACAUACCAGAGCAUGCUUAAGAUGUAAGCUGGUGAAAACUUUUGAUCAAGUAAGUCGUUCUCGCUCAACUUUUUCUAUUACCUUUCAUCCAUUUGAUCACUACCAGUUUCUAACCGAUGGUUGCGAAAAUUGUGAUACGUUGAAUUUGAAGAAUAAUACGGAGCUAGUUUCUCAAUCGACUACGAAUGAAUAUAGCGGUGUCAUUUCCUUGAUUGAUCCAAAAGCGAGCUGGGCAUCGAAGUGGUUAAGAUUAGGCCAAUCUAAACCAGGUUGUUAUGCCCUAGAGAUACACUCUCUGAAAUCAACAAAAAUCUGA